ACAACCCCACACCCCACUACUUCACCGCUAUUUAAAUUUCUUCCAACCACUCUCUCUCUCUCUCUCUCUCUCUCAAAGUUCCUUAAUUCUCAAAUCGUCAAUUAGGGUUUUUCAUUUCCCAAAUCACAUUCGAUUGGUGCCACCUAGCCCUAUCCAAAACGAUGUCGCUCAGACCUAAUGCUAGAACCGAAGUUCGCCGCAACCGUUACAAGGUUGCCGUCGACGCCGACGAAGGUCGCCGGAGAAGAGAAGACAACAUGGUGGAGAUCCGUAAAAGUAAGCGCGAAGAGAGUCUCUUGAAGAAGCGACGUGAAGGUCUUCAAGCUCAACCGCAGUUCCCUACUUCUGUUCAGUCUUCCUCCAUUGUCGAGAGAAAGUUAGAGUCUCUGCCUGCAAUGAUUGCCGGAGUUUGGUCGGAUGAUAAUAGCCAACAACUUGAAGCAACUACGCAAUUUCGGAAGCUGCUUUCGAUUGAACGAAGCCCUCCGAUUGAGGAAGUAAUUCAAUCUGGUGUUGUUCCUCGUUUUGUUGAAUUUCUAGUUAGGGAGGAUUUUCCCCAACUUCAGUUUGAGGCUGCUUGGGCUCUCACAAACAUAGCAUCUGGAACUUCUGAGAACACCAAGGUGGUAAUUGAUCAUGGGGCAGUACCAAUAUUUGUCAAGCUACUAAGUUCACCUAGUGAUGAUGUUCGGGAGCAGGCUGUGUGGGCAUUGGGGAAUGUUGCUGGUGACUCCCCUAGGUGCCGUGAUCUUGUUCUCAGCCAUGGUGCCCUGAUCCCACUGUUAUCCCAGUUGAAUGAGCAUGCAAAGCUUUCAAUGCUGAGAAAUGCCACGUGGACUCUGUCAAACUUUUGCAGGGGCAAGCCACAGCCUCCAUUUGAGCAGGUAAGGCCAGCACUUCCUGCUCUUGAGCGUUUGGUUUUUUCCAAUGAUGAAGAAGUCCUGACAGAUGCAUGCUGGGCACUCUCAUACCUUUCUGAUGGAACAAAUGAUAAAAUCCAAGCUGUUAUUGAGGCAGGUGUAUGUGGAAGACUGGUGCAGCUCCUUCUGCACCCAUCUCCAUCAGUGCUGAUUCCUGCACUUCGUACAGUGGGAAAUAUUGUAACUGGAGACGAUCUGCAGACUCAGGCUAUUAUCAAUCAUGGUUCACUCCCAUGCCUUUUGAGCUUGUUGACCCAUAAUCAUAAAAAAAGCAUUAAGAAAGAAGCUUGCUGGACUAUAUCAAACAUUACAGCCGGAAAUAAGGAGCAGAUACAGGCUGUAAUUGAAGCUGGUCUGAUUGCUCCCCUUGUCAAUCUUCUUCAAAAUGCCGAGUUUGACAUUAAAAAAGAAGCUGCCUGGGCAAUCUCAAAUGCCACAUCUGGUGGUACCCAUGAGCAAAUCAAGUACUUGGUGAGCCAGGGUUGCAUUAAGCCUCUAUGUGAUUUGCUUGUUUGCCCGGAUCCGAGAAUUGUUACUGUCUGUUUAGAAGGUCUUGAGAAUAUUCUGAAGGUUGGAGAAGCGGAGAAAAGCUUUGGUAACACUGGAGAUGUCAACUUGUAUGCUCAGAUGAUAGAUGAUGCUGAGGGGUUAGAAAAAAUUGAAAACUUACAGAGUCAUGACAACAAUGAAAUAUAUGAGAAGGCUGUUAAAAUUCUUGAGACAUAUUGGUUGGAAGAUGAAGAUGAGACACUCCCUGCAGGCGAUGGUUCUCAACCUGGUUUUAAUUUUGGAAGCAGUGACCUUCCAGUUCCAUCCGGGGGAUUCAACUUCAGUUGAAGACUUCGGUUCAGUGUGGAGCAGGGUGAUACAUGGGUGACAGUUGGAGUUGAGUCCUGGUAGAAUUGGGGGGGUCGGUUGGUCAUUGUACUUCAUGGUGUCGGGUGUCAGUAAUGUCUAGUGUCAGUAAUGAAGUGCUGGGGUGGGUCAGUCUUAACUGCCAUGUCCAAAUAAGAAGGGGCUGGUGGGUUCACUUAGCUGCAUAAUGUGAGCAUUGUAUCUAUCUUGUAUAAGAAAAUAUAUUUGCUGGGAAGAAAGUAUGUUGCAGUAGCAAGGACCCGUUUUGUGUGGCAAUGGGGGAGGGUUUUCUUUGACGAGGCUUUGAGUCCUAUUUUUUAUUGAGUCGUAGUUGUAUUGGUUAUUUAUUUAUACCGAGUCAGUAUUUUAUUUGAGUGAAUACAGACAGUGUUCAGAAACCAAAUUUAUGGUGCAUUCCAGUGAAAAAAAAUAGCUCUAUUUUUUGUCA